AUGGCAAUCUACACGUACAUGAAGCCGGAGGAGCUGGUGGAGCUGCUCGACAAACCCAGCUCACUCGCCAAGGUCGCGGUGAUAGACUGCAGGGAUAGCGAUCGAGACUGCGGCUUCAUCGUGAACUCGAUAAGCAUGCCAACGAUUAGCUGCACGGAAGAGAUGUACGAGAAGCUCGCCAAGACGCUCUUCGAAGAGAGGAAAGAGGUCGCCGUCUUUCACUGUGCACAGUCGCUCGUACGGGGCCCCAAGGGAGCCAACCGCUUCGCACUGGCACAGAAGAAACUCGGCUACGUGCUCCCUGCCGUGUAUGUGCUGCGUGGUGGGUGGGAGGCGUUCUACCAUAUGUAUGGCGAUGUGCGGCCAGACCUCAUGUAUGUGUGA